AUGUCUGGCGCCUCUGCUGCCCCUGCUGCCGAUGCUGAUAAUACUAUUCGCUCACAGUGGACCACACGCAAUGCUGCUACCCGUCUUGCUGUGCGUAGUCACCUGCCGUCCACUGAGCGCGCGCACUUUAGUCAGUACAAGAGUGCUAAGACCUUGUACGACGUUGUAGUUGCACGCUACUCUUCCCCUGCCUCUGCUGCUCUUAGUCGCCUCAUGGUGCCGUACCUGUUCCCUGACCUCGCCGCCUUUCCCACAGUCGCUGACCUCAUUACGCACCUCCGCACUAGUGACACCUGCUACCGCGCUGCGCUUCCUGCUGAGUUCUGCGCCAAGAACCCCCCCCCAUCUGAGAAGAGUAUAGUCGCUGUAGGAGCCUCUCGUGGUUACCCUCGUGCCCCCUUAUUUGAGGGGUGCUCCCCCGUUCCCCUUUUGCCCUCUGUUGCCUCUGCUACUGCUGUCGACCUCGUUGGCACCGAGUCGGUCGGUGAUGCGUCUGCCCCUAGUGGGAGACGCCGCAGCGGCAAGGGCAAGGGCGCUGGAGGAGCUGGCGGGGGCGGUGGUGGUGGCGGUGGAGGCGGCGAAGGGGCCCGACUGAUUGCCUACGUCCUGCGUGCUGGCAACCGCACUGGUGAGCCGUGCGGCAGCCCGCACGCCACCCAGCGCUGCUUCGGCCGCCUGACGGACGCCUGGCGUCUCCAGUUCCCUGACGCCACUGAGAUCCCUCGCUGGGGCGAGCUGCUUAGGUCGGGGGCUGCUAUCUUUGAUAUUGAUUAUGAUGCUAUUCUUGCUGCCAUGUACGUUGUGUCUACUAGUGAUGAGGGUGACGGUUACCUGUGUGUUCCGCCUGACCCGGGCAUUGAGGCUGCUGCUCUAGGUGCAGGUCUUUACCUCCCCUCGUUCUCUACGAACUUGGUGAGUGGCGCUGACCUAUAG